ACUCCGGUCGCUGCCUCGGCUGCUGAGUUUUCCACACCAUUUUCUCGGCUGGAAAAUGCAAAUUACGAAUGAAUGAAAGUGUUGUCGCCGACUAAAGAAUAGGAACGUGACCGAGUCAUUCGGAAAAUAAGCUGAAUUUGUACUUUGAUUGCGGGGCUGAGGAAGAAAGUUUUGCCUGUUUUAUUACUGGGUUAAAUCAAGACCAACAUUUAGCAAUUUAUUAUCGGCCAAGUGAAAAGUGAUUUUUGAUAUGAAUAUAGUGUCGCGGAAAAGCCAAAGCAGCUAAUUAAUGAGCCGGCUCCAGUGCGAUGAAUGAAGAUUGAAUGAUGGUCCCAGCGGAGCACGCCAUGCAACACCUCGCGAUCGAGACCCCCUUCCCCGAGUAUCUCACUCUCACCCUAUGCAAAGUGUGUGAGGCCGAGGCUCGUGUAAUUCGCUAACAUGCUGGAAAUUAACGUUCAUUGCGCCUAAACGGAUUGCAUUCACCGCUAAUUGCCCACAAAUUGCGCGCUCCUUCGCCGCCAAAAAAGAAAAAAAACAAAAACCAAUAAUACCCAGACAGUGAAACAGUGAACAGUGAACAUUGCACGGUGCAUUGCAAACAGCGAUUUGCAUCCGCAGCAGCGGCAUUCCGCGAGUGUUUAGCACGUCCAGCCCCCCAGGAGGAGGAGGAUGGUCACCUGCAAGGUGGACUCCCAAACCGCGGUGGCUGUUCCCAAAAUGAAUGCGGCCCGGACCCGCGGAAAGCCCGUCGGCAGCAACAGCAACAGCAACUCUUCCGGCUUUCGGCUCCUGGACGGCGACCAGCUCGAAAACAAUUCGAGUGUCAGCCGCAACUCCAUCUACAAACUGAAGAUCGAUCUGAUGUUCGACGAUUCCAGAUCCAUGCGAAGCAGCCGCCUCGACGAUCCCCGGGGAUCGCAUCGCACCCGCUCCAUCAUCAUGUAUGGGCGCAGUGAGUUGGCCAGCACCUCGGGCGACACGCCCCGCUCCCUCAGCAGCUUCCUGCAGGACAACGGGCAGUCGGCCAAGGUGCUGGCCGAGGCGGCCAAGAAGGACGUGCAGCGGAUCAGCAACAGUGUGCAGGCCCAGAUCGAGCAGCUGUUCACGGACGUGGCCAAGGACGCGACCAGUAGCUUCGAUAUCACCUGCCUGGGAUCGCUGCCGCUGAAGGACAAGGUGACCAGUCUGCAGGGUCUGCAGGAGCCGCUGCGACAGCUGUACCUCAGCGAGGUGACCAAGAAGCAUAAGCUCAACUCCGGAUCGCUGGAUAUCUGCGCCACCGGACUGAGAGUGAAGAUCAGCGCAAUGGCCGUCUCAAAUGGAGCGGGUAUUCCGGAGGAGAGCGACGCCCUCAUCACGCCCUUCCACAACAUUGCCGUGUGGUCGGCGGUGAAGUUCGUCAUAUCCGAUGACGACGGUGGCGCAGCCUUCUUGCCUCUGAUCACCGAUCCCGAAAACAUUGACAAGACUGCCCUGUUCCAGCCACUGAGCUCCAGCGAACAGCUGGCGGUGGAGCACAGCAUCCAUGUGCACGCGCCCAUCUUCGCGGUGGUCAUGCGCUCGGCCAGUUCGCCCAAGGUGCUCGAGUGCCAUGGCUUCAUCUGCAAGAGCACCGAGGACGCCAUCGUGAUUGCGGCCACGCUCUACCAGAGUCUGAUGGCCCACGUGAGCACCAGUUCGCGGCGGAACACCCAGCGAAGGACGCCCCGCCAGCAGAACGGGGUCAGCUGCGUCAGCAUCGCCAGCAGCUCGGCGCUGGCCAGCUCCAAUUACCUGUCCCGCUCCCAGAUCCUGCCCAGUGCCAGCGGGCGACGCAGCUCCUUCCGGGGUAGUUCCGGAGGGGGUGGGGCUCCAUCGAGAUCCGGACGCAAGAAGCGGGUCUCGAACAGCUCCUUGAGCUCUCACAGCAAUGUCAUUAACGAGGCUGCCGAGCUGGAGACCUCCACGGAGGAGCGCAGACGGAAGUCGCACAAGUCGAAGCGGGCACCGCCAGUUCCCACCACAGUUCCUGGUUCGGGCGGGCACAGGAACGGCGGAGUUGGAACGCCAUCCCGUAGUGGCAGCAUAGUGUGCGGCAAUGGACACGUGACCCGGCUGCACCAGAACUCGCAUCCCGGCAAGAAGCCUUCGGCGGGGACGGAACUGUCAGCCGGCGUCGAUGUGGCACCGGCCAACGGGGACAUCCUCACUCGGGUGGCCAUCCCCAGAUCCGGCAGCUUCCUCAACACCGGAGGACUGACCCGCUACAAGUCGCGAGCGGCGAGGCGCCAUUCCGGCAAACUGGGCGGCGGAGGCGGCGGCGGAGGAGGGUUUGGCCUGGUUGAUUGGCAUCGCUUGAAUUGUGCUUCUAGUUCCCCACUUGGUUUCAGCGAACUGUUUAACGAAUUUCGCCUGCACGAGAACCUGCACUCGCUGGACGACAUCCUAUACGCCAUCAUAGACGCCGACGGCAUGUCCUUCAACGAUCUGAAGCCCAUCUACAAGGAGUUCUUGCUCAAGCUGGCCGUCACCCUUACGCAGGACGAGCUCUUCCAGCGCUCCAAGAACAUCAUGCGGCGUCAAAAGAAGAAGAAACAGAAGCGCAAGGCUUGUGUUAACGGAUCACAGAAGAAAUCGAAGAGCAGCUUUUUCGGCACCAAAAGCCUGAAGAAGGUCUUCCAGCUGGGCCAGUUCCGCUCGUGCCGCGGCAAGCUAUCCAAGCCGGCGGUGAGCUCCAAGGAGGCCACUCUGGACAGCCAGGGCAAGCGCAAGAUCAGUCCGCCCAUCAUCAUCGGACCGCCCAUCACCCAUGGCCACGCCCAGCAGCAGCACCAGCGGAAUAGGGCGGCCACCAGCGGUUCCGAUGUGUCGGUGGUGCGAAACGAGCACACCCAAGGACUCAACCGGAACAGCAGCAGUGGGUAUGUUUCCGCUAUUAGAUACGUGUCCUGCUCGGAGUGCAGCUACGACUCCGAGUCCUGCGCCUGCGCCUCGGCGGAUCGCUGCUACUGCAGCCUGCGCACGGAGCACCUGAACCACAAGCUGCGCCAGAAGAACGAGCGCAACAUGGCCCUCGUGGCCUCGCCCACCCGAAAGCCUUCGAGCGGCGGAGUCCUGUCCAAAAAUGUAGCAGGAACGGCAGCCACUAACCGGCACUCGCUAAUCUCGUGCCGCUCCGACGACAAGUGCUACUGCUCCAUGGUGGAGGAGGAGCCGGCCAGCUCGAUGGAGCGGGACUCGGCCCACAACUCGCUCACGGAGACCACCACGUCCUGCGACUCGGACAGCUGUGUGAGCGCCAGCAAGUGCUACUGCAAGCGCACCCAUCGCCGUCAGCGAUCCUCGGCGGCGGCGGCCAUUAGCGAGGAUUCGCUGUCGCAGCAGCAGCGGAAGUCCCGCCCAGGAAACGCUGGAGCGGCCCGCAAGGGCAAGCCGUCGGAGAAGCUGGGCCUGGACUACGAGCUCUUCAGCAUCAGCGGAGGUGGACAGCCGGUGCAGCCCCAUGAGGCGCUGAGCGUGAAGAAGAGCGUGGAGGCGGCGGCGGUGUUCGCGGACAUGAAGCUCAGCCAGACGACGGACAUCAAGAGCCUGUGCCCGCCGAAGGGACCGGGAUCGAGGGUGGGCAGCUGCCGAUCGAAUGCCUCCUCCAGGAGGUCCUCGUACCGCACCCGUGAGUCCUUCAGCACGGAUCGGAUGGGCGGCGGUAUGCCGCUGCCCCUGCCCCUGCCGCUACCCCUGCCGCUGGGCAAGAGCAUGGGCAGUGCCGACAACCUGCUGGCCAACCUUAAGGCCAUGGAGGCCAAGGCCGCCUCCAUCCGCAGCAACGCCAGCCGGAGCCGCAUGGGCAGCUAUCAGUCGAUGCGGGCGGUUAGCGCCUCCCUGGAGGACUCGCUGGGGUACUUGCCAUAGACCAGGAUGUGGGAUCCGCCACUCGAAGCCGGCUCUCAGUUACGAAGUAGAUAGCACAUAAGCUUAUAUUUAAAGGCUAUACUCACAUACUCAUAAUCCUAUAAUCCCUCGAACGGCUUAUGUUUCCCAAGACAAUUAUCGUCCUUAUUGAUUGAAUAAUUAUCUUGCGAAACGUAAUCAAGUGUAGCUUUAAGUACCUCCUAUAGAACAUUCAGUGUGACUUUAUCUCUAAGAUCGUAUCCGUAUAAAUCUAGGUGCAAUAUCAAACCAACCAUUUGGGAAACUUCGAGUUCCAGUUAUUUAAAGCAGUGCAAUAUUUAUAACUACUAUUAAAAAUAAAAACAAUUUUUUAUAUCGAUGAAUCCAAAAA